UCGGUGCCGGGGAAGCUGAAGGGCACUAGGGCAGCCGAACCGACCGACACGCCGACACUCGGCAGCGGACAGCCGCGGCUGCAGCCUCCAGAGUCCCGCUCCACACGAGGCGUUUUUAAAAGCACGUGCGGCCGCUGUGGGCAGGAAACACCCCGCUGUUUACAGGCUGGAGCCGAGCUGCGGUGCGCGGGGAUGGAUUUAAGCAGAUGAUAGCUGAACGCAUGAGAGAUGCUGCAGGAGAAGGUUUCAGCUGUGACGGAUGAAUGUAUGAGUCGGGUCCAGAGCGGCAGGGAGACGGAUCUCCUUCCAGACCGGUCACGACUGGGCCUGUCCACAGCUCCCACUGUUCCCAACUCCAGUGAGCCAGACCAGAACAUUGAGAACAUCAAGGUGGUUCUUCACGAGAGCGAGCUGUGGAAGAAGUUCCAUGAGGCCAGCACAGAGAUGAUAAUUACCAAAGCAGGCAGGAGGAUGUUUCCCAGCUACAAGGUAAAAGUGACCGGUAUGAACCCCAAAACCAAAUACAUCCUACUUAUUGACAUUGUCCCAGCUGAUGACCACCGCUACAAGUUCUGUGAUAACAAGUGGAUGGUGGCUGGCAAGGCUGAGCCAGCAAUGCCUGGCAGACUCUAUGUGCACCCUGACUCCCCCGCCACAGGAGCUCACUGGAUGAGGCAACUGGUGUCGUUUCAGAAGCUCAAACUAACAAAUAAUCACCUGGACCCUUUUGGGCAUAUAAUCCUGAACUCGAUGCACAAGUACCAGCCCAGACUACACAUAGUCAAAGCAGAUGAAAACAACGCCUUUGGAUCCAAGAACACUGCCUACUGUACCCAUGUCUUUCACGAGACGGCCUUUAUCUCUGUAACCUCCUAUCAAAACCACAAGAUCACACAGUUGAAGAUAGAAAACAAUCCAUUUGCCAAAGGAUUCCGAGGUAGUGAAGAAGGAGAUCUGCGUGUUUCAAGACUACAGGGGAAAGAAUAUCCAGCAAUUUCAAAGAACAUGGUUCGCCAGAGGCUCAUCUCCUCCCACAGUCAUCUAGCAGGGAAGCUCGGAGCAGGAGUUCUCACUGGGCACCCUCAAGUCCUGUCCUCUUAUCCGUAUGAGACUGGGGUUCCUUUGUCUGGCUCCGACUCCCAAGAUCCCAUCUCAAACCACUUCCCUCAGAACAGAGAUCCCAGCCUUUUGUACCACUGCUUUAAACACAGAGAUAAUGCCCGACACCUGGAGCUUGGAUGUAAGCGACCAUAUCUGGAGUCAUCGUCUGGGGUCUCAGAGGAGCAUUACUUUCGCUCAGCUCCCUCUUAUGAAUCACCCUUACGGUCUCAUCCAUACUGCACAGAAGCAAUCGCCUCUAGAGAGGCUUGCAUGUACGGUAGUAUGGAGACAGAGUCUGGAUCUGGGGCAGGGGACACAGAUGACCUAACCAACUCCUCCUCAAUUAAUUGCAACAUGUGGGCUACAAUGCAGCCCUACCCUCGCUAUAGUGUGGAGGGUGUCCCAUACCAGCCCUUCACGGCUCACUUCACCAACACUGCCACAGUCACGCCUGUGGUACCGCACCCGGCAUCACCCAUGGCAUCGCGACCACAGGCUGACCUGGGGGUCUACAACUCAGCUACGGUCCAGAGAGGCCUGCCUGUCAUACCUCCCUCAUCCUCCUCUUCAUCCUGCUCACCAGCUGUUCUGGGAUCCAGAGAUAGGUCAGGUCAUCCUUCUCUGUACCACAAGAAGCCAGGGUCACCACUCCGGCCUCACAGAGAGUUCUCGGCCUAUCCCACACAAGGCACCAUAUCCAUCCGGGAUCCAUCCUAUCAGUACCAAGUUGGGCUGAGUAGCACAGGGACUCACUGGACUGACAGCUAAUGGGGGCAACUGGAGAGUCCAGUUCUGUCCAGUGUACAAUUCUGAAAAUAAUCAAGGUUCAAUACACCACUGUGGGCUGCUGAUGCCAAGCAAUGAUUAUGAACUUCAGCCAUGAUCAUUUCCAAAUUGCACUCCAAAGCCCUUUACGUCCAUGUAUUCUCACUGAAGCACUAUUACAUACAAGACUGUAUGUGGUGACCAGUGGCUGACCUCUACUUUACUUAUGCAGAUGUGUAGCAUAUGUACUAUCCUGUGAUCAGAUAGGGUUGUUUUUUAACGCUCAAAUACAAAGCUUAGGUUUGAGCAAUGAGGAGAAGUAGCACUGAGAAGUAGCAAUGAGGAGCAUUUUUCAGACAACAACAUAGAUAAGGGAAUAUCAACAAUUGCUGUGCUUGUUCUUGAGGAGAAUGAGAGGCCUACAUAUGAUUGCCUCCCACUGAGGCUUUCAUUAUUUCUUGCAGAGCUCCAACCAAAUAGAGCAUGCUUAAAGGCUGGCGCUAUUCUUAGUUGGCAACAAAUCCAAUGAAAAGACCAAAAUUAAUCAAUUAAUUCUGUCUGACUUUCCUACCUUGUCUGUGUUACUAUGAAGAUAGAAAACUAUAUAAACUACAUAAAUGUAUAGUUCAUUAUUACUAUUGACACCAAAGAUCAAUCAUGUACGUUUGUGGCAGUAAGAAGAUGUUUCGUAGGACUGACUCAAAAUAAGCAGCUGUGUUUGAGGUAACAGUGCAGCUCAUUGAUGCAAAGGAUCAUUACAUUGGUAAUUUAGGUAUUUUCAUGGGAUUUGCGGACAGUAACAAAAUCUGAAAUGUUAUCACAACCACGCCCAUUUACAUGUGCCAAAAUGAGAUUUGCUACAAUUUGAUGAAUGGGGUAUAAGUAUAUUGAGUUCACUGCCAGGUGAGAUUGAGCAUAUCAGAAUUUGGAGAAGGAUUUAAGUUAACUGUUCAUUCACUAAGAGUUGUAUGCAAAAAGACUUAAUUUAGCCUGCUGUUUAUGGCAGUCCUUCUCAAUGAUGUACAUUCAGAGCAAUUAAAACAAAAUGAAAUAUGCAGCAAAAACCCACCUAUCAUAAGAGUUGUUAGAGCGUGGGUCUUACCCAGAUACUAUGUACAGAUCUAUGCUAGUUGUAUGAUACUAGUAUCAUGUUGUGAGUUCAAGCACAAGUACUGUGGUUGGUCGUCAAAGCUUGGCUCCGAAUGCAUGACUCCAAACUAGAUUCUAGUGAAACGGGACAGUAAAGAAUUCUCAGGCAGAACCAGAUGGGAGCUUAAAGAACUGUUGUUAAGCCAUGGUGAGGACCGGAAAGGAGAGCUGCACACAAAUCCCACUCCCAAGUGACUUACUUGGAAAAAAUUCUUGCAAGACUGCAAAUACAAAACAGCCUGAGCAGGCAGGGAAGCUGAAAGAAAAGGUUCUCAGUAGCAUUACAUACAGGAGAGUUUGAACUUGCAUUGUCAAGUAAAGAUUAUUUGUAAGAUAUGAUGGUGACCCCUCAUGCAUUGUCCCUUUAUUUCAUGUUGUUGAAUUCAAUAUAACAUUUUUGAAUAUAUUGACAUUUUUGCACACCUGCUAAAUAAAC